AUGUCGGGUGGAAUUGAAGCUCUUGAGCUCAAGGAGGAUGAUAUUAGGUUGAUGGUUGCGGCCAAAGUUCAUCUCGGUAGCACAAACGCUAACUACCAAAUGCAGCAGUACGUGUACGAUCGCAAUGAUGAAGGUAACCAUAUCAUUCAUCUGAACAAAACCUGGGAGAAAUUGCUCCUUGCUGCACGUGCCAUUUGUGCUAUCGAAAAUCCUGCCGAUGUUGUCAUAAUCGGUGGUCAACCCACUUGCCAGCGUGGUGCUCUCAAAUUUGCUCACUACACCGGAACCACGUCUGUCCCUGGCCGCUUUACACCUGGUGCUUUUACCAACCAGAUACAAUCUGGAUUCAAAGAGCCCCGCCUUCUCAUUGUAUGCGAUCCAAAGGGUGAUCAUCAGCCUGUUCGUGAGGCCUCAGCUGUCAACAUCCCUGUUAUUGCCUUCUGCAAUACUGAUUCGCCACUGCAAUGCGUCGAUAUUGCUAUCCCAUGCAACAACGAUAAAUACUCUAUUGCGCUGAUGCUAUGGAUGUUGGCUCGUGAGGUUCGUCGUAUGCGCGGUCUCGAUCCUAGGUCGCAGCCGUGGGAUGUCAUGAUGGAUCUUUUCCUCAUGAGAGAGCACGUUGAUGAAGCCCCUGAGGGUGCCGAGGGGGAGGCCCAAGAGGCUCCUUUCGAGCAGGGAACAGCUGACGCAGCGGAGGCCGAAGCUGCGGAAUGGGCCGCCGAGGCAUCUCUCCCCGUUGCUGGAAUGCCGGAGCUCGGUGUCGCUGGUGCUGGUGGCAGCUGGACAGCCUACGAUGUAAAGGCUGAUGCUUCAUGGACCUAA